CUGGGUUGGAGGUAGCUGUGCUAGAUAACCAUUAUAAUUUUACGAGCUAGCGGACAUUUGACUCUUAAAAACAUCAUUUGUAGCAUGAAGGAUGGAAUGUUCACAUUUGUUAGAUAACGUCAAAGUGGAUAGCGUUCUCGUUGCGGUAGACAUCUCGAUCACAAAGAACUUCAGUUGUUCAGGAUGUGGCACAAAGGAACAGAAUUGGUUAUGUUUGCAAUGCGGAGCUGUGAACUGUGGCCGCUAUGUUAAUGGUCAUGCCAAGCAGCAUGCUGAGGAGGCCCUACACCAGCUUUGUAUGAGCUGUGAUGUCUACUCUGUAUACUGCUAUAAAUGUGAUGAUUAUGUAUCCAAUGACACAGAAACUGAAGCAAUAGAUAAGAUAAGGCAAAGUAUUAUGAAAAUUAGCAAAAGUGAAGAUGCAGAUAGUAAUAUAGGACAACACGAGGAGAGUAGCAAAGAUGGUAGUGAGAUUUCUGGCAAUUCAGCUCAAGAUGCACAGUCUCCAUCACCAGUGCAAAGUGAAUACACGAGAGUGCCUGACAAUGUGCUAAUUGCCACAUGUGCUGAUAUACCUAAUGUUAUUAGUAGUACUUCAGAAACUAGUGAUAUUAAAUCAACUAAAACUACCAAGAAUCCUGAAGAACCAGCACGUAGUUUAAGACCACGGUCACGAAAGAGAUCUCAUUCAGAAGACAGCAAUUCCACAGAGAACAGUACAACUCAACAAGUAAGCAAAAAAGAGAAAAAGUCACCAUGCAAUGGAAAGAAAGACAAGAAAAUUGUAGGUUUAAAAAAUUUAGGCAACACAUGUUUUAUGAAUGCGGUGCUACAGAGUCUGAACAACAUACAGGAGUUCAGUUGUUACUUUAGCCAACUACCCUCAUUGGAGGUGAAGACCAAUGGGCGAAAAGUUUAUCACUCAAGGAGUUAUACACGGCAGGAGGUGAAUGAGGUGGUUAUGGCUGAGGAGUUGAGAAAGGUGUUAAUAAAUCUGAACCAAGGCGGGUGCGGGUCGAAGGGCGCGAUUUCACCGGAGUACUUGUUCCACGUGAUCUGGAAGGUAGUACCGCGGUUCCGCGGGUAUCAGCAACAGGAUGCACAUGAGUUCCUUCGAUAUAUGCUUGAUAGACUGCAUACGGAGCUGCUGCAGUUGGUGCCGGGCGACCGUGUAGGCGCGGAGGCGGCCGGCACUUUUGUGCCGCGUGCUCGAUCCGCCUCCAUCGUUACAGCCGUCUUCGGCGGCACGCUGCAGAGUGAGGUGCGCUGUCUCGCGUGUGGUACAGAGAGCAAAAAGUUUGACCCGUUUCUGGACCUGUCUCUGGAGCUGCCAGAGAACGGUCGACACGACGAGCCUGUGCCACUUGCGGACUGCCUCGCUAGCUUCGUACAGGUGGAGGAGCUAGCGGACACAGAGCGUUACUUCUGUAGCAGUUGCAAAUGCAAGCAGAAGUCCACUAAGCAAUUUUGGAUCCGUAGGCUUCCCAAUGUAUUAUGCCUGCAUCUCAAGCGGUUCCGGUGGCAUAACAACUAUAGGUAUUGGAACAAAGUGGACACGUCGAUCUCGUUCCCUCUGAGCGCGCUGGACAUGUCGCGGUUCGUACCGCACAACGUGCCGGACACGCGCCGCUCGGGGCUCAGUAACUACCUGUACGACCUUGCCGCCGUCAUCGUGCAUCAUGGAUCCGGAGCGGGCUCCGGUCACUACACUGCCUACGCGAUCAACGAGGAGCAAUGGUUCCACUUCAAUGAUCAGACGGUCCGAGCUACUCACUCCGAGGCCGUCGCGUCGUGCAAGCCCUACAUCCUCUUCUACAUACGCCGCGAACUGGCGCUGCCCAGCGCCUUGUGACGACCCACACUCUGUUGACCCCUGCCCACACGCUAUAGCCAAGUUACAACGAGGCAUUUAGUUUCCUAGUGAAUGCGACGCAGAAUAAUUCGUUAGUGUAAGAGUCGCCCGUUUAAUGAACGAAUCACCCACUGCACCAUACAAAAUGGUUAUGUUGGUUGACCAUAUAGCGUGGAAUAGUGCUGUUGCGGUAUACUUUGAGCGCUAAAUUACGACGCAAAUAUUACGCAGUUACAGGUCGUUGAAUUCGAGUCAUUCGAUUUUAUAUUCCAAAGGAUGAUCGAGUUUUUUAGACCUGUUAAAACGUCUGUAAACAGUACAAACAUUGUGUACGUUUAUUUGGGGCUUUGAUUGAAAUUUUGCCCUUCAGGUUAUAUAAAAAUUAAUCAUGUUGCCAUCGUUUUAGGUGUUUUUAACUUUGGAAUUGGUAAGGGUGCAAAUAGGAAUCAUGUUGAAUGGAACAUCAUUCCUAGGUUAUACAAGAGCUGGUCUCAACGCAUUGUGUUUUCUUUUAUAUGUGUACGGUGUACGUGCACGUUGCUUCCCGCCUUAUUGCAUGCUGCAGAGUGUGUCAACAUUUAUGACUCCAAAUGAAUAUAUGUAUCUUAUUAUAGCCGUAUCGAGAUAUACAGAAUUAUCACCAAAGAAAUUAAGAACAUUACGGAAUUUUACUUAUCAAAAUGUAUUGGCAUAUUUAAACAAAAUAAUACUGUGUACCUUUAUAUCUAACGCGUAGCAUUACAUUUGCCUUUUAAAGUGUUAAGCUGUAGACCUAAAAAAUGAAUACUCAUGUCAUAGUUUAUGCAGUUGUUGACAAUUCAGUAUAUAUUAUGGAUUUUGCUUGAAUAUUAUUCAGAUUGAGGUUACUAUAUAAUUCAGCUAUCAGAGUGUGAUAUUUACUGUGUUUACAAUGGAUAACGAUGUGGCAUACAUUGAUGCAUUUUACGAUAGUUUAGGCUAAUCUGACCCAAAGUGCGUACAGAUUUCUCAUUUGCAUGGUAUUUUACAUUCCUGAUGAAUAUCUUAUGAUUUAUGGAAAGUUUUAUUUUCAUAACAUGAUGCAUUAUUGAAUAUGAGACUAUACGACUUUUUGUGUGUAACAUAAUGUGAUAGUAUAGAAAAACGUGUACAUAAUUAUGCUGAUGAUUUUAUUGUCUUGUGAAAUGUUCUCUUAUGCAAAGUACCUAAGCAGGUUUAUUUUAAGUACUUCAAUUACUGGAAGUUGAAAGUGAUUGAAUUUAAUAAAUUC